UGUCUGUUAUGGGGGAGCAGGGUGGUGGUUCCUCCUCCACUGCGGAAACAAGUGUUGGGGGCCCUUCAUAAAACACACCCAGGGAUUGUACGAAUGAAGGCCUUAGCACGCAGCUAUGUCUGGUGGCCGGGGAUGGAUGAAGAAAUAGAGGGUUGGGUCCAAGGGUGCAAAGCUUGCCAGGAGUCCCGACCCGAUCUGCCCAGCGCCCCUGCACAAUCCUGGGAAGCACACAGGAAGCCGUGGUCCAGACUACACAUAGACUUCGCAGGGCCCUUCCAGGACAAAUAUUUUUUUAUCUUGGUGGAUGCGUACACCAAGUGGUUCGAAGUGAUUCCGGUAGCUUCAACCUCAAUGGCGGCGGCCAUCCGGGAGUUACGCAGGGUCCUAUGCAUACACGGAAUCCCGGACACCAUCGUCUCAGACAACGGGACAGCCUUCACAUCCCGGGAAUUCCGGGAGUCCAUGCAGCGAUACCUGAUACAGCACAUCCGGUCCACCCCCUUCCAUCCGACCACCAAUGGCCAAGCCGAGCGGAUGGUGCGCACCACAAAGGAAGCACUGGGCCGUAUAGUGCAGAGGGACUGGGACCACCGCCUAGCCACUUUCCUAUUCGAUAAUAGAAUAACUCCUAACCCAGUCACGGGGGUCAGCCCAGCCGAGCUGUUAAUGGGACGGAAGCUAAUCACAAGAUUAGAUAGGCUGCACCCCGACCAGGCCUCUGACAUACACAGCUCCCCCGAGAUCAGAGAAGCGGCCAGGGGAUUCUUCCCAGGGGACCCGGUGUACGCGAGGAACUAUGCGAACGGCCCCGAGUGGGUUGAGGGCCGGGUGCUUCGAGUAAUAGGGUCCCUCCACUACAAUGUAUCCAUGGAGGGAGGCAGGAUAUUGCGGAGGCAUAUUGACCAGAUACGUCGCCGCACCCUGCCGGAGGAACUGGCCGAGAUGCGGUGCGAGGAAGAGCUCACAACCGCACCCCCCCCCCCAAGAUCUACCCUGACACAGCCAACCGCUCCGGCGAAUCGGGGGGUAGAGCCCAACCGUAGCGAGAGCCACCUCCAGGGAGCAGGGGUACCCGAGGAGCUGCAAGGCGCUGACAACCAUAGGCCGGUGACCUUCCCACGCGGGGAGACCGCAGCCCCUUCCGCGACGGAGGCUGGGCCCCCGGGGGCACAGGCGACCGCUCCAACUUCACCAACUAUCCCAAGGAGGUCUACCCGAGAGCGCACGGCCCCCGCUUACUUGUGGGACUAUGUGUCCUGA